CGCGCGGGAAGCGUCGCUCCACGCCGCGUGGGCGCGAAGGCGGCUUCAGCCCGCGGCCCCUCGCCGGCGGCGGGAGGCGGGGGUGUGGGGCCGCGGUCGCCCCUCCCGUCCCCUCGGGAGAAGAGACGCUGGGUGCCGGAAAGCCAUGGAGAAGCCCACCAGGAUGCCGAAGCUCGCUGCCGCCGCCCCGGAGGGAGGAACGCGGCACCAGGGCUUGUUGGAUAAAGACAGCAUGAAAGAAAAAAGGACACAAUCAAAUUACGAAGCUCUAGGUACGGCUCCAAUGGAAGAAGAGUGUUUUAGUGAUUCAAUGAAAACUAAGCUAUUGUCAUUCAAAGCUAAUAGGGCGAAGAUAAGAUAUGCUAAUACGUACAGACUGGAGUCACAUAAUAAAUUUUGGGAUUAUUUAGUAAGAGACAAAGCUCAAGCGAUACUAACGAAUAAACUUCAACAAGCCAAAUACGAUGGAGUUUCUAGUCCCUCCUUGUGUGCUUCAAUCUCAGAAGAAAUAUUAAAGGCUGUGAAGGAAUUGGACUUUGACCGUUACAAGUACGUGGUAUCAGUACUAAUUGUGGAAAAGGCAGGUCAGGCAAUAAAUGUUGCCAGCAGAUGGGUCUGGGAUGUUCAGAGAGACACUUGGGUUUCAGCUAAAUGUGAAACUGAAACAUUUAUUGCACUGGCUUUGGUAAUGGCUUGUUACUACGAGUAAUACUCCAAAAGCCACACCUGGUUUUCUGCAUCACGGUACUUGAUAUAUUCCAAAAUUUUCAGAAGGUCAUGAUUUUAGUAUUUUUUUCCUAAUGCUGUUGUACAUUGAAAUUGACAUACAGUUGAGAUCAUUUUGCUCAUUUUUCUCUGUUAAAAAUUGCAUUUGAAAUGUAGAUGGCUGAGUAGGUGUGGGCUUCAUCUGUUGUAAUGCUCUGCUGUGGAAGUUGAAGCAGCUGGUAUAAGGCCAAACUUUGCAAAAUUUUGAAUGUUGCUUGUCUCUUGCAUGCCUAGGGUUGUUGACGAAUGUUUACAAUAAACUGCAGGUAUCGGUAUUCUUAAAAUCCC